AUGGUGUUGAAGAAGCUGAUCAAGUCCCCCACAUCAAAGUCUCUGAUUCUGAGAAUCAAUCUGAUUUUCCUCUCAUUCUUCUUGCUUCUCUACAUAAUCUUCCUACUCUGCCCAUCCGCAUCCGACUACCACGAGCGAGCUGCAUUGUAUGUUCGAUGCUCGUUGCGCGAAUGCCGCCAUAAGGAAAACGGGAUAAAAAUGAAAGCGAUGCUGGAAGAGGACAAGAGGCAGGCCAAGUUUCCAAGGAAGAUAUUGAUGCUACCGAGAUUGUUGGAGGGUGUAAUGGGAAAAGGCAGGGUAAUUGGGACAGUUGGAAUGGAGGGGGAGGAGUUGUCCGGUUGGGGGGUGAGAGUGGUUCCGUUCUUGUUCGAGAGAGUGUCAGAGAUGUUGGAAUGGAAGCACAUUUUUCCCGAGUGGAUAGACGAGGAGGAGGAGUAUUCGGGGUGCUCAUGCCCCGAGAUACCAAUGCCGGAUUUUGAAAGAAACAGUAGAAGCAGCAGUGUGGUUGAUGUGGUUGUGGCCAAGUUGCCGUGUAAGUAUCCGGAGGAAGGGUGGAAUAGGGACGUGUUUAGGCUUCAAGCGCACCUUGCAGCGGUUAAUGCGGCGGUGAAGAGGGGGAGAAGAGAUGAUGAUGGGAGGGUGAGGGUGGUGGUGUGGAGUUCGUGUAUGCCGAUGAUAGAGCUUUUCCGGUGUGAAGAGAAGGUGCGGAGGGAAGGGGAUUGGUGGGAGUAUUGGGUCAAUGUGGAGAGGUUGGCUCAGAAAAUUGCCAUGCCUUUGGGCUCCUGUGCUUUGGCUAUGCCUUUAUGGGAUAAAGGGAUCAAUCGAAUCUACGACACAUCCACAAUUAAAGAGGGUGCUAUGGCGGCAGAAACUCGGGUAAGGAGGGAAGCCUACGCGACUGUCCUCCACUCAUCCGAAUCGUACGUGUGUGGCGCGAUAACUCUAGCCCAGAGUCUGGUUAGGACAGGGACCAAACGUGACCUAAUCCUCCUCCUCGACCUCUCCAUAUCUGAACCCAAACGGGCGGCACUUGCCCAGGCAGGGUGGACCCUCCGAUUCAUCAAGCGCAUACGAAACCCACGCGCAGAGAAGAACUCCUACAACGAGUACAACUACAGCAAAUUCCGACUAUGGCAGCUUACUGACUACGACAAGGUCAUCUUCAUCGACUCAGACAUCAUCGUUUUACGCAACCUCGACAUCCUUUUCCAGUUUCCCCAGAUGUCUGCCACUGGCAACGACGCCUCCAUUUUCAAUUCAGGUAUAAUGGUGAUAGAGCCUUCGAAUUGCACGUUCGGCUUGCUGAUGCAAAAGAGGAAGGAGAUAGUCUCGUACAACGGCGGGGACCAAGGCUUCCUGAACGAGGUGUUUGUAUGGUGGCACAGGCUGCCGAGGCGGAUCAACUUCCUCAAGAAUUUCUGGUCGAACUCAUCAGCCGAGGCCGGGGUGAAGAACCAGCUGUUGGGGUCCGACCCUCCGAAGCUAUACUCAAUUCACUAUCUGGGCCUCAAGCCUUGGAACUGUUACAGAGACUACGACUGCAACUGGGACGUGUGGGACCAACACGUCUACGCUAGUGACGUGGCCCACGCGACGUGGUGGAAGUUCCACGACGCCAUGGAUGCCCACCUGCAGAGCCUCUGUAAUCUCUCCAAAAGGAGGAAGAUCGAGCUCCAGUGGGACCGGAAGCUGGCCGCCAAAAUGGGAUUUGCUAAUGCUCACUGGAGGAUAAAUAUUACAGACCCCAGAAGGUUUGCUUGA